UGUAAAUUGGCGGGCUUUUCAAAUUGGAAAGAAGGCGGUUGAUGAUUUGGCGCCGGUACUUUCCGCCUUCCUCCCCGUGCCCUCCCCCGAUUGGGGAAUGAGGCAGAUAUCUGAUUGGGAAUUGAAACAACGUUAGGAGGGGCUGGACAAUGGGACCAAUCCGAAAUCGCCGCCCCACCAUUCCUCCCGAAGGUAUAAGAGGCCGCAAUGUGGGCGGAGUGCAGCAUUCUCUGUGAAAGUGCUUGUGAGGUUGUGACCAUGUCCGGAAGAGGAAAGGGCGGUGGGAAAGCUCGCGCCAAGGCGAAGUCUCGGUCGUCCCGGGCUGGCCUGCAGUUCCCGGUGGGCCGUGUUCACAGGCUCCUGAGAAAGGGUAACUAUGCUGAGCGUGUGGGUGCCGGAGCGCCGGUCUAUCUGGCUGCGGUGCUGGAGUAUCUGACGGCUGAGAUCCUGGAGCUGGCCGGCAACGCGGCCCGGGACAACAAGAAGACCCGCAUCAUCCCCAGGCACCUGCAGCUGGCCGUGCGCAACGACGAGGAGCUCAACAAGCUGCUGGGAGGGGUGACCAUCGCUCAGGGCGGGGUGCUGCCUAAUAUCCAGGCCGUGCUGCUGCCCAAGAAAACUUCCGCUGCUGGAUCUGCUAAAAAGUGAAGAGAGUAUUCUUGAAUCUGACAACCCAAAGGCUCUUUUAAGAGCCACUCACAGCAUCUGUGAAAGGAGUUAAACUCUCUGUCGGAUUCAUUAUUUAAUGUGGAUAACUCUCGCCUUUGUACCGCACAUCAAUGAAUUCCGCGCUCCAUUUAAUUGGAUACGGUUACUGGCUAAGGAAGCAUUUGUCAUAAACUGCGAUUGCAAGAAUGUCCUGACCUACAGGAUUUCGUAUUGAACGGUCACUGCCUGAGUGAUCUCUGUCUUUAAUAGGAGUUUAGAAUGGUGGCACGAACGUCCCCGGUCGCGUUUGACCUCAGAUUAGAUUCACAUUUCCUUUAAAUGCUGUAGGGAGAGCUGGGUUGACCCAGUGCAGUAACGGGUUAGUCCUUGACCCUCUGCGCUUUAUUCGCUGCUCGGUUCAUAUCCAGUCUUUUAUCCCCUGCCUCUGGAGAGACAGAGCAGAUUGAACACCAGUGAGGCAUUUUUCAGCUGUAAAGGCGGCAAUGGGGUAAAGUGAGAUUGUCUGAUCUUUAAUUUCGUAAUCGAAAAAGCAAUCAACGUGUACCUGCUCAUGCAUUCUCCUCUGUAAAGCUUGCUGCCCUUUUAUACGUGAUGGCAGGCAUUUUUAAAUUUGAAAAUAAGCCGUUGAUCUCUUGGCGCCAUCUUUUUCCUUUUCUCUCCUGCCUCCACCUCACCACAAGCCAUGUUAACGCAAAGGGAGUCAAUGAGGAGAUGGUGUUUUUCCAGAAAUAUCUAACCCAAUACCAAAAGUUGAUCUUAAAAUCACACUUCUUAUUACUAUAUUUUCUCAUAAAUUCCGCAAUCCCUGAAUGAAUAUCUCAUUAGUUACAAAAUUCACUGCCGGUGCCUGCCAGUUUUGUUUUUAACUAACUUCCGUUAGAAAUACUAAUGUCCUCUAUUGCUUCCGGCUCUCUCAGGAUGAGCAAGCGAACUUGUGCCCGCCGAUUGAAACACCUUAAAAGUUAAUACAGUGUACACGGAUAAAAUUACAGAACCACACUUUAUCAGUACAUUCCUAGUUCAUCCAGGUUAUUACUUGCCCGAAGACAAUUUGUAAUCGCUGCCUGAACGGGCAGAUGGAAUGAACGAGCAAGAUAACAUGUCCGCAGGCUCCCAGAAACAAAACUGAGCCGAAGAAAUAUGAAUACUGCAAUAUGUAACAUUAAUAUCUGGAUUCCAAAAUAAGUU